UGCACCAAGAAGGCACCAUCCAAACGGAGGUCAUUUUUGGAGAAGCCGCCCUGGUUAACCUACAACGUGUUACUGACGGAGCAGUACCUAACUCUGCACAGCGCAAUGGACAGUAGGAAGCAAAUAAGAAACGAAGACUUCAACCAUAUUAACAAAAAGCUGAAGGAAAGGUUUAUUUUUAUUUACCUCAUCGCUGUUGGGGGUUUCUCCUGUGUGUACAAAAUCAGGAAGAAGGAAAAUGGACAGUCGGGGGAGAGGCAGCCUGGAGAGGGAGGAGAAAAAUUUUAUGCCCUGAAGAACGUCAAAUUUUCUGCCAACCUGUUUAACUACGAAAAAAAAAUUAAGUUAAACUUGCGCGAAGUAGAAUGUCUUAACAAACUGAAGAACCACCCAAAUAUUGUUAGCAUACGUGAGUGCUGGCUGGAGGUGAAUGAACGUCUGUCGGGGUCUCGGAAGAGUAGGGGGGGGUAGUCACCAUGUCGCUGUCUGGUCGUGGGAGGGACCCACACCAGGGGGGAAUGGCAAGAGCGAUCGAGGUGUGCAAAGCGUGCGAAUUGUGGGAAAUGCGCGCGGUUAGAAAAGUUGCUUCCCCUUUUGAAGGGACCAAGACUGCUGUCCCCACACGGUUCCGGUUGGCUAGUCUUUCCAACGAGGUUGCCUUAUGUCAGCGCAGGCUUCGCAAGAAAGGACAACUCCCAAAGGAUGCACACAGGGAGUACAGAUCGAGCUCCGCCAGGGUGAAAAAAAAUGAAGAGCUUCCCUAUGACCCGUUAAAUAAGGUGACAAAUAAAUGUAAGGUGAUCAUACGGAGGGGACGCACUAUGAGGGGCAUUCCAAUUGGAGAAAGACCAAUCACUGAAGGAAGUACUGCACGUCAUUCCAUGGUUACGUACCCGUUCGAUAGCCAAAGAGGAAGAAACAUAAAGAGUGGACCUGGACCCCCCUCGGAAGGACUCCAUUUUCUCAUUCCCCAUUAUAAACCAAUCGGUGUGAUCAAACGGCUUUAUCGAAACGCUAAAGACAAAGCCAUACAUAAGGAUAAAAUAAAAAGGAGAAGUGUUUUCCUUCGAUUAAUGAGAGGAUCAACACAUGUGCUGAAAAGCGAUAACAUUUUGGAGCACUUGGGUAGUAACUACUACCUGUUGAGGGAGAACCCAAAUAGGAGGAUAUCGGAGCGACGUUUUGUACAACAUGAGAUGGUCUCUCCACAAUUGGGGGACCCUCUUAGGAGAUUCAAUUUGCAGAUGACACCACCCCACGUGAAGGGAACACUACAAAGGGGGAGUUACUUACCUAGUUAUGGUAACCCUAACGGAUUGAAGGGAGUAGCCAACAAGGUGAGAAGAACCGGUGGGUUUAUGACCCCCCCUGGAGGGACCAUUAUCAGUGGCGGAAUUGGUUUCAUCCCCGAAAGGAAGGAGAAAUCCCAAAGAGGGUCCAAAAAAGAAGUAACACCAAUGAGGACAAGAAAAAAUGCACACACAUUAGACAUAGCUGAUCGAUUAUACCAAAGAAGCAGUCCCAGGAAAGUCCAUCCAAGGAGACGCUACUUAAAAAGGGAAGACACACCCGUUUCCUUAAAACGAUUUCACUUUGCCGUCAAGCGAUUUGCUAUAGAACGACUUUUUUUUUCACUAAAUUGUUUCCAUGGAAGGAGACGACUCCCCUUUCGGAGAAGAGACAGAAGGGAAAACACAGAAAGGAAUUUUUUAGAUAUGGAUAUUGCUAAGAUGAUGACGCGAGUGCUGCUUGCCGAUAAGUCAGGAAAAUACAACUCCGUCGGGGGAAGGGGAACAAAAAAGGAGAAACUCGUUUCUGUCCUAUUUUCACUAAUUAAGGGGGUACCCUUUUUCUCUUUCAAGAAUAUCCAUGUGACUGGGGGUGGGUCCCUACCCUCUCUGUUAUCUGAGGGAAGAAAAAAGAACGCGCUGUUUGCGUGCAGGCACCACCACUACGGGCGCACUUCGAUGUUGAGAGGAAGGAAGGAGUACCUGCUGAGAUCGCUCGAGCGAAGAGUAAAGUGCAUGAUUAGACAUAUGCUCAUUGGGUGUAAAUUGGGAGGAGGCAUCCGUCAUGGGGCUCUCCUUGAGGGGACUCUCCGUGAGGGGGCUCUCCGUGAGGGGGCCCUCCGGGAUGGUGACUCCAGCAGGGAGAGCAGUGGUCGCGUUGGGUUUGUUGGGAAUAAGAGGGGAAGGAGUUCCCCCCAAGUGAAAACCCCCCCCUCGUGUGUGCAACAGUAUAGGAAAGAAAUUACAAGAAGUGGUGGGAAUAAAUCGACGAGCAAAGGAAGGACACUCGGGGAGCGAAGUGAUUGCGAUUGCCACCCUGGUGAAGGAGACUGCUACCCCGGUGAAGGGGACCAUCGUGAUAAUUGCGACUGUCACCCUCGUGGAAGUCACCGCAAUGGCGUCACUGGAAGUACUGCUCACCCCCCCCGCAGCGGCAGCAUCCCGAGCGCGAGGGACCGCGUGCAUCAGGAAAAGUUCAUACAGUUUAGAUGCAGUGACACUUACUUCGUCCACGAACUGAAAAUCAUAAUUAACGACAACACGACGAAAAAAAUCAAGUGGCCAAGACAUAGAAUAGACUUGUGCUACAACAACUACUACUUCAAUAGUCUCUUCGAUUACAAAAAAAGGGAGAGGGCAGUGACGAAGAGGCAGUUCAUUGACAUAAUAUUUUGCAAGGGACAUGAACACAAGCAGAGGGAUACAGUCCUAACCCUGAUGAAGGGAGUUAGCAACUCAUCCCGCAGGAAGAAGAAAAAAAGAAGCGUGAACAAUGAGACGAAUGGUGGGGGGAAGAACGGGAACGAGACGAUAUCUGAGUGCGUCACGGGGGUUAAGAACCGACUGCUUGCUAGAGGGAACAGGAGUCUCAACAUGGAUCGGAAUGUGGAUCUGAGUAUGAGUCCGAGUCUGAGCCCGAGUCCGAGUGCUGCUCCGUGCUGUGGGGAGAAGCAUGCGGAUCGUCGUAACGACGAAGAAGGGGAGACUGUUCAUAAGGUGAACCACCCGUUAGGGAAGAACGAAUCUCUGAGUGCUAAUCCCCGGGAAGGGAAAACAAACACCAAGUUGAAGUUACCACCAUGUGGCUUUCGUUCUAUGAGGACUUAUUCACAGGAGUGCCCAUCGUGUGAGAAUGCUCAGCCACGCAGGGGAAGCGGAGUAAAGGUGAAGGAUGGCAGACAAGCAAAGAAGGUACAUCAAAGGGAGCACGAAGAAAAAGGGAAGAAAUCCCACAUGAAAGAGCGAAUGGAAAGAAGGACAGAUAAUCAUUUUAUUAAAAACUUGGCACAGAAGAGCCAAAAAUUUUUUGCAGUUCUGUGUGAAGGUAGGAAAAGUGGCAGUGCCGAACGGACAAACAGCAGCUGGUUGGAAGGGGAUAUAAACUAUGGACAGAAAUUCCAUUUCAGAGAGGAGCUCAGGGGGGAGGAAAGGACCCUUGGGGAAUUUAUCUCCCAGAAGGGCCCUCCUCGACGCGGCGGAGAAGGCAAUACAGCAAGGAGUAGCGGGUUGAGCGGCAGGGUGAGAAGCGACGGGAGAAGAGAUGGAAGCAGCGGUGGGAGAAGAGACGGAAACAACGAUGGAAGCAACGAUGCAAGCAGCGGUCGAAGCAGCGAGGGAAGCGGCGCCUCCAGCCAUUUCAACUGCUACUACUACCACCACUACUGCUACGUCUUCGUAUUCGUAUUUAUGAGCGAACCAGGAGUGAAGGAGGAGCAAAUCGUCUUACAGAACAGUGCCGAACGGAAGAACCAUUUUUUGUUGCAACCGGAAGGGAGAUUCACCAAGAGGAGAAAAAAUGCAGCCACCCCAAGGAGAAAAAACGCAGCCCCCCCAAGGAGAAAAAGUCAGCCAAAUAAGAAUCACUCCGUUAAGUUAAAGGGAUCAAUGAGGAAAGAAAAAAAAAAAAAUUAAAUGCAGGAUGUAGCUCACAAGAUCUACAGAAGGAUAUCCAUUACGACUUAUCUCCUUCGCAUCAGGAUGGAAGAUAAUGUGUAUGGGAAUGCUCACUUCCUCGACCUGUACAUUUCUCGUAGUGUUAGGAAGGGGAAAGGAAGAGAGUCCAUUCCUUUUGAAAAAAUUACAAGACAGAGCUGCUACUACCAUGGAAGGAGGGUAAAGAACAACUAUUUUUUCAGGAAGAAGGCAUUCUACUACUACAUGUUCAGCUGUCUUCUCGAGGUGAGAAACAACUGGUACUUCUCUAACAUGUGUGAUUACAACGGUUAUAGUAGCCUGCUGAACGAGAGAGUCCAAGCGGGACUAGUGAAGCUGCUCAGUCUUAUGGAAAAGAAGUACCUCAAUAAGCUGAACCAUCAUGAAUAUAGCCACGUCGGAAAUCUCUUUAAGCACAACCUCUACUGCUUCAUGAGGGACGGGAACUUCCUAAGUAAUAAAAAGGGCCUAGUGGGUCUCUGCAGGAGGUUCUACAGCAGGAACGCCAACAGAGCGCUCGUGCAGGAGCUGAAGAAUUUUUCUGACAUGACCAUCGACGUGUGUAACUACGCUGAGAUUGUGAGGAUAGUGAACGAGGGGGGGGUUCACGAUGGGGUAGCCAACAGUGGGGUAGCCAACAAUGGGGGAGAGAACAACGGGGGAGCCAACAACGGGGGGGCUCACCCGUCCUGCUCCACCGAUUUGCAUCCCCCGCCUGCGAGGGCCCCACAUAUAGGCAGAGUGCAAAGAAGAACCCCACAGGGGUACAGCACAGAUCUGUAUAUCCCCAGUAAAGCGAGAACCGGGGGAGGAAGAUGGAGAGGAGAAGAACCAAAAAAGAGGUCUUCUGACUGUGUACCCAGCCAAGACCAACACAACGCACAUAAAAACAGAAUCGAAAUAGGGAACCACAACUUUUUUAUCGCCAACCUAGUGAACUUCCUAAUGUGUGCAAGUCUAAUGAGAAAGGUGUCGAGUGAGGAGAAAAGUCUCGUCGUAAAUGUCACCGAGAAAGAAGAGCAACUAAUAGAUGGAUGCUUCGUCCACAAUUUUGCGAAUUAUUUUAUCUACUUUUUAUAUUAUGUAACGAAAAUAAAGUGCAUGAGAAUUUACAAUGUAGAUGCAUCCUCCCUGUUGAGAUUGAUCAAUGUAGACAUGGUAAGACACACCAGGACGGAUAUAUCAUUCAGCAUAACGUCGAUAAGUACUUCUAUGUUUAGCUUCAAUUUGAUGCUUUCCUUCAGAAAAUUUCUACAAAAGGAGUUGCAUCUGUGUAGAUGUGGUCACAUCAGACAAGGGGGAAGACUGCAUCCAAGUAGAGACACCAGGAGGGAGCUAGCCAAAAGGAAUAGAAAAGGAGAGGGAACUCCCCCUUUCAAUGUGACUUGCAAAAUUAGCAAUUUAUUGCAUGUGUAUCACUAUAAUGCACUAGUGGAGAGUGUGAAAAAGUCGAGUAGUAUGGCGACUUUGUUCCUUGAGCAUCACCCUUUGGUGUUUAAAAACACUGUCCGAUUUGUCAGAGAGGGGGAGAAGCGAUCCCUUGGACGAGUAGCGAGGGGUAAGAGUAGCACUACCUGGACCGUUAGUGGAAUGACUCACGGAAGGCGAUGCCAAAGCGGAGUAGUCAAGGGUGCCAACAAUCCGCAAGGAGACAGUUCACAGACGAGCAUCUGCUACAGUUACCACGAAAACAGCCGCAGAGUGAUGAAGAUAAACGGCUCCUUUAAACCAACAAAGUGUGACAAGAAAUCGCUCAUGAGGAUAAAACAAAAAAGGCUAGAAGAUACCCACUUUGUAAAGAACAUAACGACAAUGCCCCUUUGCCGCCUGAUGCAGCUCACCGUUGGAAGAGUUAUCCUUAAGCAUGGGAGUAACUACGUCGUUCUGAUCAUCCGCAUACGGGGCGGACCGCGGGAGAAGCCGCGUGAAGGAAAGAAAAACCCGCGGGAGGAGCCGCAUGAAGGAUAGAUGAAUUUAAAGAAAAGAAAAAAUGAAAAAACGAGGGAAGAAGCUUUUCGAAAUUUUUUCGACAAUAUCGAAUAUUCAUCCGAAAGUGGAGAGUUUAAAAUCGUCUUUCAGAGUAGCAGCAAUGGGAAUGAGGAGUCUGCUGGGAAGGAAGAAGAGCUGAGGGGAAGAAGCGGACAGAGAAGGCUGUUUUCCCUGGCGAUGAGACAUCGCGUGAGUCCAUAUGGAGGAGACAGAUGGGGCAGGCACGUCAGUUCCGAUCAGAAGAACACAAAUGGGGAGGUACUACUGCACAGAGUGGGAAAUUGGCUUAGUUGUAUUGAUGAGGAGGUAAAUAAUUACCUGAACAGUUCAGGCGAGGAUGCAUAUAAUGACGAAAUGAUAAAGACCGAUGUUUUUCGAAAGACAUGCAUUUCAUGUGUGGAGAGAAGGGGUAAUGAUUAUUGCGACUUUAUUGAGGAUCCCAAUUCGAAGAGAGAGGAUUUCCAUCCGCAUCGUCAGAGGACGCACCUUUGUGAGGAGACGAACUGUGACGUAAAAAAGGGGAAUCGAAAAGCAAAGGGAAUAAUACAUAGAGGCUGGAGAAAUGAAAGAAAAUGUGAAGAAAUUCCCAAGAAGAGACACACCACCUUGAUGGAAAGAACACUCUUGCUUUUUCGAAACAAAAGGAACGUCCUCAAAAUUUUAAAAAAGAAAAAUGUAAUUAAAAGGAUAUGUCAGAUAAGGACGAGCUAUAGAGUGAUGUGCGCAGGGUAUGUGCAGAGGGAGGAGGGAGCAGAAUGGCUAGUCGGUUCACAUAAAAAGGGAAGAACAAAGGGGUACGACAACAUAGGCUCAUCUCUUAUAAGGAGAGGGAUGCACAAGGGAAAAGAUAUCGCCCCGUUGCAAAGUCGAAUGCAUGAAGAGCUGCACAAAGGUAUCACGCGAGUUUACGAAGAAGGGGUCCUUCAAACGAAGGAAGAAAAUCUCCCUAUGGGGAUUCUUUUGCAGAAGACGCUGACUCUGGGUUCGUACGUCGCGCAGAGCGAGGGGGGGGGUUCGGACAGGGCGGAGGGAGCGGUGGAGGAGGCGGCUAAGGUGGAUGUCGCAGCGGAUCUUCGUGACGCGGCUGAGGGGGGUGGACUCAAAAAGGAGGUGGUCAUCCAUGUCAGUCCUUACAGAAGGGUUUUAAUCACGAAUGAGUUUAUGAAAGGGGACAAAGAGAAGGACUUCACGGAGAAAGGCGUCGUGGAUUACCAGUCCUUGGGUGAGGGAAGAAGGGUGGGUCAUUCUGACCUGGUGGGAUCUGACCCCAAUAGCUGCUAUCCACUGCACUGUGUGCAAAACGGUAUGCACAACCGUGUGCGUAAUUCGCGUGACGGAUGCAGCACCUGCGAUGAAACGGGAUCAUUAUCGCGAAAGAACCCACCUGUGGGGCUCAAAAGUAAACUCGCUACGAAGAAGCAACACUUUUUAAAAAAACGCAUCUGCAAGAAGGAGAAGAGGACCAUAGGAAUGGUAAAGAGGAGCUAUUUUGAUCAUGUCCCGUCGGAAGAAAAGUCACACAGAAGAAACAAAAUCGGUUCGAAAGGGAGUUCCUCAUUUGGUAUCGAAAAAAAGGUGAGGGAGGUUUCUCCACAUGGGAAUGAUACAAAAAGGGAGGCAUCCAUCCCACCUGUACAGAAGCAGGCAACUCUACUGAGAGGAGGAAGAUACGGACGAAAGGAAGGACCAUAUGGGAAGGUACACAUAUGUAAGAUGAGAGAGUUAAAGCGGAUCACGGGGGUGGAGGGAAACGGUCCUUUGGAAGCUGACCACCGAGUUGUUACUCUCCUUCCAAGUGACCACAAUGAGGUUAGCGAGUGUAGCAUAGGAGAAGAAGCUCUAAAAGAAGGUAUCAUCAAUAUGGAAAAAACGAUUGAGAGAGACACUCAGGAGAAGAAGAAACACACACAUGCCGGUGCAGCAAUAAAGUUGAAGAAGAAAAAACGGAGGAAGAAAGCAAGACAAAGAAUUGCAGUGUACCGAUUUAACCUCUACAUCAGAAUGGAGUACUGUGAUAACACAUUGGAGAAUUACAUAAGUGGAAGGACCUAUGUGAAUUACAAGAGGAAUAAAGAAAUCAUACAUAUGAUCAUCCUGGGGUUACACUACAUGCAUAAAAAUAAUAUCAUUCACAGGGACUUGAAACCAUCAAAUAUUUUCAUCUGUGACAAUGACGUCGUUAAAAUUGGAGACUUUGGGUUGGCAUCCUACAACGACUUGGAGAGAAAACAGAAAUGGAUUAUUCGCUCGGAGCACCCUUUUUUUGAAUGCAUAGGGAAGGAUCCAACCACUUCGACGGGACACUCGAAGGGGAAGAAGGAUCCUUUAUCGAAAGUUACGUUACUUAACGAUGGUGUCGCUUGGACCUCUCCGGAGGAAGCUAACCAGGUGAGUGGUUCACCAAGUAGAAGCGAAAAACAUUGCAAUGUGUGCAAAAUUACCGACGGAGGUAGGCUCCACUCGGGGCGUAGAGCCAACCACAGCAGCUCCACUCGUGGGAGGAACACCCAAAUGGAGGAGGCAGCGGAAAGGGCCCAUGUGAAGGAGACCCAUGCGAAGGAGACCAACCUGUGCUGCCGUCACCUGGUAGGUGGUGAAAAGAAGGGCACCAACUAUGGUAGUCACAGACAGAACAGAUGCCACGAUAAAGGGGGAAACGAAAUUCAUGGUGAUGUGUUCCACAAUAAGAACCGCGUUCCAUUGGAGGGAAAACCAAACCACGAGUGUCAUUCCUUCCAAGUUGAUUCCAUGUGUAUAAUAAACGGAAAGGGGCAGAGCAAAAGGGUUAAUACAGUUGUAUGUCGGGCAACCCCGGAGGAGAGCAACGUCCACCUGAGUGGUGGCGGUGGUGAUGGUGAUGGCGGUGGAGAUGGCGAUGGAGAUGGCGGUGGUGAUGGCGGUGGUGAUGGUGAUGGCGAUGGUGAUGCCGCUGGUCAUGGUGAUGGCGAUGGUGAUGCCGCUGGUCAUGGAGAUGGCGAUCGUGAUGGCUGCGCCGAUGAAGGCAUCACUUUCACCGAGCUGGUGAAGAGAAUUAUGCCGAUGCUUUUAGAAGGAGACCGGAGAGGGGCGUCGCAUGAGGUGAAAGUGUGCAAAGACGGAUCGACGCGGAGAAGCAACCGAGCUAGCGAUGCAAACCAACAGAGGAAAAAAAAAAAAAAAUUAAAGCAUAGUAGUUAUACCCACCAAGAGGAAAAAUGCCACGAGACAGAUGGUAAUCCCACAGGAAGCACACACGCGUCAUCGUAUCACACGCUGGGUAUCGGAACAAAAAUGUAUUCUGCUCCGGAACAACUCCUUGGAAAGAGAUACAACAAAGCAGUCGAUAUGUUUUCCCUUGGGUUGAUCAUCGUAGACCUGUUCACAAGGACGGAAACGAAUAUGGAGAGAACAGCCAUUUUGUGUAAUGCUCGUCAGAGAAUUUUACCUGACACGUUAAUAAAAAAACACCCAAGUGUUGCCAAACUGUGCAAAAAUUUGCUAUCCCUGGAUUACGAGUCCCGUUUUACGUCCGAGGAUUUAUAUAACACAAUUAUUUCAGCUGGGAACGUAUUCACCUUCACCAAGUGA